CUCAUCACUCACUUUCACAAAUUGAAUUGCUGGCAUGGAGCAGCCCGUGGACGACCACAACCCACCAGCUUCUUGUCAUUCGAUGCCACCGCCGCCAUCGGACGCCGUCGCCAGUCACUCCAGCUCCGAGCUCGAAAAGGUACUGUCAGACGCCGAUUUGCCAUGCCUGAAGCGUUAUAGGAAGGCCACGUGGAUCGAGCUGAAACUCCUGUUCAAACUCGCGGCACCCGCCGUCAUGAUGUACUUAAUAAACAACGCAAUGUCCAUGUCCACUCGCAUCUUUUCCGGUCACCUCGGCAAUCUGGAGUUCGCCGCCGCUUGUCUCGGCAAUCAAGGCAUCCAAUUAUUCGCCUACGGACUCCUCCUAGGCAUGGGGAGCGCGGUUGAAACACUCUGCGGGCAGGCGUACGGCGCGGGCCGCUACGAAAUGCUUGGCGUCUACCUGCAACGCGCCACCGUGGUGCUGAUGAUGUUCAGCCUUCCGAUCGUGGUGGUCUACGUGCUAUCGAGGCCACUUUUGCUCUUCAUCGGCGAGUCCAAACAGGUAGCGACGCUGGCGUCGGUGUUCGUGUACGGUCUGAUCCCGCAGGUGUUGGCGUACUCGGUGAAUUUUCCGAUACAGAAGUUCCUCCAGGCGCAGAGCAUAGUGGCGCCGAGCGCGUUGAUCUCCCUGGCAACGCUGGGGGUGCAUUUGCUGGUGAGCUGGAUUGCGGUGUACCGGGUGGGGUUAGGGUUAUUAGGUGCGUCGCUGGUGCUGAGCUUGUCGUGGUGGAUAAUUGUUACGGCGCAGUUCGUGUAUAUUGUGGCUAGCCGAAAAUGUAAGGACACGUGGACAGGGUUCAAGUGGGAGGCUUUCAGCGGUCUUUGGGAGUUUGUGAAGCUGUCUAUUGGCUCCGCUGUGAUGCUGUGCUUGGAGACGUGGUACUUUCAGGUACUAGUCCUGAUUGCGGGAUUGCUGGAGAAUCCUGAACUCGCCUUGGAUGCACUCUCUGUGUGCAUGUCGGUGAAUGGACUACUAUUCAUGGUCUCAAUCGGAUUCAAUGCUGCUGCUAGCGUGAGAGUGGGGAAUGAGAUAGGAGCAGGGCACCCCAAAUCGGCGGCGUUCUCCGUCAUGAUGGUGAAUUUGGUCUCUUUCAUGGUGGCCGCGGCGGAGGCCGGCAUUGUUUUAUCACAGCGCCACAUCAUAAGUUACAUUUUCACCGGGGGUGAAACGGUGGCCAAAGCGGUGGCAGAUCUCUGUCCAUUGCUAGCAGUCACUCUCCUCUUAAAUGGCGUCCAACCAGUCUUGUCCGGAGUGGCCGUGGGUUGCGGAUGGCAAUCAUUUGUGGCAUGCAUAAAUGUAGGUUGUUACUACAUGGUGGGAAUUCCAAUUGGUUGCCUUCUUGGCUUCAAAUUCAACCUUGGUGUAAAGGGAAUUUGGUCUGGCAUGAUCGGAGGGACAAUGAUGCAGACCCUCAUCUUACUCUGGGUAACAUUUCGAACAGACUGGAAUAAAGAGGUGGAGAAAGCAAGAAAGCGUUUGGACAAGUGGGAAGAAAUCACAGAGCCCCUUCUCAAGGAGUAAAAGAGGCUGAACAACUUUAUGAUAAAGCGGCAAAUAAAAAGGCAUAUUGCCAAGCCUUCAGACAAUGCAUGGCCAGGCAUCACUGCUCUUGUUAUUGCAUUCAUGAAAACAUGACCAGUAUUUACCAAAUCAUAUGGCCAGAUGUACGAAAAAAGAAAACAAUGAUAUUGCUACUAUUUUGUUCACCUUUGUUUGAGGA